GCUCUUCUAAGCAAGCCAAAACACAUGGAACCAUCUCUCAUAGAAGCAGGGGCGCGCCUUUUUGUCACUAGCUUCCUUGGACGUUUUAUCUCUGCUGGAUGUUUAAUUUUAUUGGAGGAAGGGGGUACAACAUUGACCUUUGAAGGAGACAAGAGAAAGUGUCCUCUGAAAAUAGUUCUUAAAGUUAAUAAUCCGCAGUUUUAUUGGAAGGUUAUGACAAAUGCUGAUUUAGGCCUUGCAGAUGCAUAUAUUGAUGGGGAUAUUUCUUUCAACGAUAACAAUGAAGGUCUUCUAAACCUUUUUCUGAUUCUUAUUGCCAGCAGAGAUUCAAAUUCCUCUAUCUCGAAAUUGAAUAAGAGAAGGGGCUGGUGGACACCGUUGAUAUUCACAGCUACUCUAGGAUCUUUAACGCGCUUUUUCAGGCAUUUUUUAAGGCAUAAUAGUCUCACACAAGCUGGCAGGAACAUCUCUCGUCAUUAUGAGCUGAGUAAUGAACUUUUUGCCCUGUUCUUGGACGAAACAAUGACAUACUCUACCGGCUUAUUUAAGAAGGAAGAUGAGGACUUGAAGGUUGCGCAGCUAAGAAAAAUAUCUUCUUUGAUUGAAAAGGCAAGAAUUGAUGAGAAGCAUGAAGUUCUUGAAAUUGGGAGUGGCUGGGGAAGCUUUGCUAUUGAAGUUGUCAAUCAAACUGGAUGCAAAUAUACUGGCAUCACUUUGUCUAAAGAGCAACUGAAACUUGCGGAAAAGAAAGUGAAAGAUGCUGGCCUUCAGGACCGCAUUAAGUUUCUUCUUUGUGAUUACCGCCAAUUGCCCGAUACCUACAAAUAUGACAGAAUUAUAUCUUGUGAGAUGAUAGAACAUGUUGGCCAUGAAUAUAUGGAUGAGUUUUUUGGUUGCUGUGAAUCAUUAUUAGCAGAAGACGGGCUUUUUGUUCUACAGUUCUCAUCAAUGCCAGAUGAACGUUACAACGAGCACAUGCGAAGUUCGGAUUUUAUAAAGGAAUAUAUAUUUCCCGGUGCAUGCAUACCUUCAUUAAGCAGGGUAAUAUCAGCCAUGGCUAAUGCAUCCAGACUCAGCGUGGAGCACGUGGAGAAUAUAGGGAUUCAUUACUACCAAACACUUGGAUAUUGGAGAAGAAAUUUUAUGAAAAACCAGAGCAAAAUUCUUGCUCUCGGAUUUGAUGAAAAGUUCAUACGAACAUGGGAAUAUUACUUUGAUUAUUGUGCAGCUGGUUUUAAGUCACGUACACUUGGAGUUUAUCAGGUUGUAUUCUCACGUCCUGGCAACGUUGCUGUACUCAACAAUCCAUAUCAAAGUCUUCAUCAGGAUCUUGAUUCUGUUCCCGAAGGAGACAUCAAUUCUUCAUAUUAAUGCUAGGCCAACGUAUAAUGGUUCAUUUUCAUGUUUCUACUUUCAUGGGAAGUCUUU